GCAGCAUCGGGUCUGAUGAGCAUGCCAACUGUAGUAAAGAGUUUGAUUCCUGCUUUAUAGUUGGCUCAAACAUUUUAUGGUGUCAUGGGGUUGUAAACAAGGAAGUGAAAUCACGUUUGUGGCAAUUCACCAGUAAAGACUGGACUUUGACUGGAUCUUGUAGUUUUAUUUUCUGUGAAAGAAUGGGAAGCGAGCACAACCGUUACCUGUCUUGAGCUUCUUACAACCAGGAACUCCUCUGAUCAGGUUGGACUUGCUGUUACUUCUUCAAGAUUUGGACGGCAGAAUUCUGUCUCAUCCAUCGGAGUUGUCUUAUUCUGCUGGAGAUACGUUUUUGUUUGAAUGGAUGAAAGGGUCCCAGCGUCACCAGGGAGAGCUCGGCUCCACAGCAGCUCUUUGAGAAGACAGGUCAGGACCUUUCGGGUGAAAAUGGUGCUACUGGGAAGUUCUGGAGUGGGAAAGUCAACUCUGGCCCUGCGAUUUAGCAAGGAAGAGCUCCGGAGCACAUCACCCACUGUCGGCUGUGCCUACCUGACCCAGGUGGUGCAUCUGGAUGAUGUCACCCUUCGCUUUGAGAUAUGGGAUACAGCGGGGCAGGAGAAGUACCACAGCGUGACCCCAAUAUACUACAGAGGAGCCCAUGUUGCAUUGUUGGUCUACGAUAUCAGUAAACGGGAGACAUUCAUCAGAGCCCAAGUGUGGCUCAAAGAGCUUGAGAAACAGUACACCCCAGGAUCUACUGUGAUAGGGCUGGUAGGAAACAAGGGAGAUCUGGCUGGGAAACGGCAAGUGUCAGUGCAGGACGGGCGUGAUCUAGCCACUGAGAAGGGUCUGUUCUUUAUGGAGACCUCAGCCUUGUCAGGGCAUCAAGUCAAAGAGCUGCUGAUAGGGAUAGCCCACAGAGUGAACACGACGAUUGGAGAGCAACCGGGGGGGCUGACCGAGUGGCAGGAGACGACGCUCGUGGAUCUGCAUCGCACUAACACUUUCAACCCUUUUGCAUCCUGCUGCAAAGUUGGACCCUGAGCUCUUUGUCUUUCUGUCUUUCUGUCUGUCUCCCUCUGCCAAUAGAGGACUUUCAGGUGAUGUUAAGACUCUCUCUGGUGCCAUAGUGAAAGUCCUCAAGUCUUGGGCAACACUUAGUAGCAGUUUUGUGAAGCUCUGUCUAUCUAUCUAUGCUAUGCUAUUUGAGAGUGAACUCCUCUCCACAUCCCUUGAGCCAAGGGGGAGCAGCAUAAAUACACUCCUGGAACAAACACAUGUCCAACCCUGUCAAAAACAUUUACCUUUGUUGACUAUCCAGUGCUAGUGGUAUUGAUUUUUCUCAGUGAGUUUAGGGACAGCUCCAGCAGACUAUAAACCCCCCUGGUCUUUGUUCAUGCCAGAUGUUGAACCAAUUCAUUCAGCAUCUCCUGCCUCACUACUAUUAGCUUGUGAUCAAACUCAGCGGAGCUCCCCCCCAAGCAGGGCUGAGCGUGUUCCUCCAGCUUAGACAAUAGAGAUGCUGUCAGAGAUAGAAAAAACAUAUGACAGUCUAAAUUAUAUAUGUAUUCUGAGUUUAUGAGGCCGAGGGGCAAACUGGCCCUCUCUGUUGCCAACUAAUGUUUGAGAGCCAAAGCUCCUCUGGAAGUGGAUGUAAUCUCAUUGGUUGAGCUAAAUCUCAGUGGGCGAAAGCAAUGAGCCACAGCUUUCAGAGCGUAUGUCAGC